GGGGGGGCACACAUUUUUCCACUUUGGAAGUGUCUCUCGCGCAAACUAUUCAGUUUAGAAAAAAAUGAUAUUAGAAACCUCAAUAUCAUUUUUAAAGACCUAUCCAUAGAUACCCCACACGUAUGGGUUUGAUGAAAAUAGAUUUCUUGAGUUUCAGUUCUAAGUAUGGGGAAUGUUUUUUUCUAUUUUUGUGUAAACAUCUUAAUGCGGUUCAUAGAAUACAUCUACUUACCAAGUUUGAAAAGUAUAGCUCUUAUAGUUUCGGAAAAAAGUGGCUGUGACAAUCGGACAGACAGACGGACAUGACGAAUCUAUAAGGGUUCCGUUUUUUGCCAUUUGGCUACGGAACCCUAAAAAUGGUCACAUUUUCUCAUAAGUAGUCUGUCUCUUUCGCACUCAUGGGAUGUUCAUAUACGUGAUGGCUUCCCUUUCGCACACUUCAUUUGUCUGUCAAGCGAAGCGUUUGAUAUGUCUGUGAUGAAAACAUGUCACGCACCGUAGUUUUUUUUUAAAUUCAGAGACAAAAUAGAAGCGGGGGCCGAUUGCCAUAUCGUUCGAUACCAAGUACCAACUAAUAUGCGAGAUUUGUCAAAAUUGUAUGCAAUUGACAUUUCAUUUCGAAUAAAACGUCAUCUCGGCUGAUAUUAGAAUAGGGGUCAAAUCAAAUUGCUUUUUUUCAGGUAUUCGAAAUUUGAAUGUCAUUACAAUCGAUUUUGAUAUAAUAAUGAAGCAAUUACAACAUUUUCACAGAUGUUGGCUAUUAUUUAUAGAUUUUUUAUUUUAUUUUUGAAGGCAUCAUACCUAUAGAGUUUAUGAUAUGAGUGUAUAGUUCGUUUUUAGCAUUAGAAAAAAGGUAAACAAUCUUGACGUGUCUUUUUAGUGAUAAUUAUUAAAAACGCUUUUAAAACAUUCGUUUAUAUUACUUAUGAAAGCAAAAUAAUGUAAAAGAUCGUAUGUGAUUUAUAGUCGUUACAUAUUUGCUGUGACUUAAAUUUGUAAUUAAUGUAAACUGGUCCUUAAUAUGAGAAACCAUUACCGCUCAGCUGAUGGAACUGAAUCGAUAAUCGCAAUUAAUAACAUUUCCAUUGGUUAACAGUGAUUGAUCCUAUUACCAUUCAUUCUGUUUAAACUUUCCGCCCUCCACGUUUCAACAUAAUUUACCAUAAUAUGAACGACGAAACGCACAGGUAAAGUUUUCAAACAUCACAACUUACUGUGGAGCAGAGAAAAUCCAACUAACAAUAGAUUAAAUAAAGUUCGUUUUCGAAAUGUUGCAAUAUAGAUAUGAUAUGAGAUUGAGAAAGUAACCGUAGCUGCUAGUCAGAUAAAUUAUUCCUAUUAGUUGUGCCCGCGCGGGCGAGUCCACCAUUAGAGCUAACUUAUGUAACUUGAUUUCAAGAUUCGUGACAACUGUUCGUAUUCAGAGAGCGCAGCUGGUUGGUCUGAAUUUCGACUCAUCCAUGUUCAAUAAAGGAUGGAAACGACACCCGUGCAGCCGCAAAACUAAAAUCGAAACUACCGUUCUAUCUCAGUCUGUCUUAAUCUGCAUGAUAGUAGAAUGAAUGAGAUAGCAGCUAGCAGGUUGCACUAAUGUUGGUUUGGCAUGUCGUUAAUCAUUGAUAUAGUGCGUGUUUUGCAAUUUGUCGACAUCAGAGCUGAUUUAUGGGUGCAUUAUUGUUGACUAUUAAUUUUGCCGGGAGCUGGUGCAACGCUGCACGGGAUCCGGUCAGGUUAGAAAUGUAGAAUUCAUCCUGUUAUACCAUUUUUUACUACACACAUAAUAAAAUAAACGGACUUUACAAACAUUUUUUUUAGUUUAUCCCAAUAGGCAUGUUAAAAUCUUCUCUUUCUUACAAGUUGUGGUGAAAUUCUUAGAAAAAUGUAUACCAAAACCUAAACUUUUGUCCACACAAAAUACGGCGAUUUUCCCGCACGUUUAUGACUCGACUGCUAAAGCGAUAAUUUAAUAUGCAUAAAUAUUAUAAUUUGAAUGUUAAUUUUUUUUUUGAUAAAAUAUUUAGAACUAUAAACAAUAAACGCAAUGUCUUAAUAAUGUAUUUAAAAAAGGGACAGUCUAUGGACCGCUUAAGAAACCAAGAUUUCAAAAUGUAUAAAAGAUUUAAGCGUGCAUAAUUUAGAUUCUGUUCUCAUUUCUAUUGAACACCACUAACAAUAACCAGUCAUCAUGGUGCGAAAUAGCGUGUCAAAUACUGCUCUUCCGGAAUGCGUCAGAAAGCCAUUUCCGAGACGGGUGCAAUUUGUGAUGCUUCUGCGAUCAUCCGGUUUAAUUCACUUUCAGUGUUGCUUCUACACAGUGAGUGACAUCGGGAACGUGAGCAAAAAUGGCAAAACGGGAUUACUAAUUCAAAGUGGAGCUUAGAUAUUGGUGUCUAAUUAUAAACAGCAAUAAACAUUUGAACGUAUGAUUUUGGCAGUCUAUCCUUAGUUUCUUAAACAGUAUUUUCCGAAAAUAAUAGUGUGACUUUGAAAUAGGUGAAAUAUUUCUGUUGUGUCGGAAGUGAGCAUUGAUGAGUAUGAAAAAAGUACGGGCUAAUAGAAUCAAGAUUCGGUCAAAUGGAUGUUGGACCCGCAGACUGCGUUUCGUGCAAUGAAUGUAUUACUUGGGAUAGUACGAGAACCGUGACAGGCUUGCACAACAAUCGCAGAUAUAGAAGGAUGCGCGGGCGCCAGCCAGCAUACGAAGCUACCGCCGCCAUGAAGAACGUCGCUAUAAUCCUUUGCUUAGCUAUCGCCAGCCAUAUGGCGGUCACUUCACCUGUACCCGAACCUGAUCCCGGCCAUAAAACACACAUCAGAAUCCACGUACCAUACGACGUUCACACAAUCCACCACCACCACGUAGAGAAAGUGCCGAUUUUCCACGAGGUCAUCAAAGAAGUACCGAUUUUGAAGGAGAUCAUUAAAACUGUACCAGUUGUAAAUACAGUCCAUGUCCCGAUAGUCGAGACGGUGGCAGUGGAGAAACCGGUGUUUGUACCAGUACCAUACAAGCAUCAUGGAUGGCAUUGAGGAUUGACUACACCGGAACACAGUGUAUAUUAAUUAUUAAGUGACGUGCGUAGCGUUUUCGCCUAUGAUUAUGUUGCGUAAACCUUCCGGUGUAGCCGACCAUUUAUAGUCAAUAAUUCGAUAUUAAUAAAUACUUGUUUCUAUAAGGUGUACUCAGGUACAGUUCAAUCUCUUUACACGUGUAUAUUUUCUAAGAGAAUGUAUGUACGCUGUUUAGAUUGUGAUAAAUAAUGUCUUAUU